GGCAAAUGUCACGUUCGGGGUGUCAAAAUCAUAUUGAUGUUAUUUGUUUGUUAUUAUCAGUUUUUUAAAUUAAACUCUGCCCGAUGUGGAACUUGAGCCAUGAAUAAUUGUAGAGAAGAAUCAGUGAGCGUUAAGAAUUGAUUUUACAUGUUUAACAAUGCCUCCUGGCUAAACUUGUAAUUUUAAUCAUGAAUGGCACUAUUGAUAUUGGUCUUGUGGUGGACCGAAGACCCUUAAUUACAUGUGCUGGUGAGUUGGAGGUGUUUUCCUCGAUUGAGGACAACUUGGCUCAGGCUCUUCCACAAGAUUCCUGCGAAUGGAGACGGUCUAUGGGCAGACCCAUAAGAAAUGUACACAUCGGGGCCAAUUUCACUCCGUACAGUUCCAAAGCUCUUCCCAAGGGGACCCAAUGGGAUCUCAUUAGACAACCCUUGUUUCACAUUUAUUGGACUGAAUGCACAGACGUAGAUAUCUAUAAGAGCACCCUGAGGGACGACAUUGAUGGUUGGCUCAAGGAAUUAAACGCUAAAGACAUAACCGAUUGGUUGGUGGUGGUAGUCGAAAAUUACGAUGGCAAAAGAACGAACAAACUGCUGCCCAGAACCACGGUGUUGGACAAAAUCAGGGCCGACUUUGCGCCCAAGCAAGGCGACAGGUGCAUAUCUGUGAUAAACCCCGGAAAACUGGAAAGCCGAUCUGCCGAUUCGUGGAGAGGCUUGGUGUCCAGAAUUAGGCAUUUACUGUUGGUUUCUUACGCGAAGGCUGUGGCCAGGCUGGAGGAUUACGUCAGGCAGCAGAGGGAGAGAAGAAACGAGAUCGGGUGGAAUUUUAUGCAAUACUUUCAGUUACAGGAAGAGUUGGCUCAAGUUUUGGAGAUGCUGGGGCUCAACGACGAGGCUCUGGUGCAGUACGACGAGCUGGACGCGUUGCUGUCGCAGUUCGUGGCGAACGGCAUCACCAGCGAGUGCGUGAACUGGCUCGGCGAGUUCCAGAAGCCUCUGGAAAGAUGGCACGGGCUCAAACUCGGGCCCUCGUCGCUCUCGAAAACUCCUUCCAUACUGGAAUUGAGGGCCUACCUCUACGCCAAGCAGGCUCAAAUGCUCUUGCUCACCAACAAAGUUUGGGAGAUGGCUUCCAGGUGUUUACCUUUCCUGCACACGUGCACGAGGGAGCUGGCUAUUUUGGAGAUCAAGGCUCCCCCGGGUGCGGUAGCUUGCUGGUUGUUUCUCGCCAGCAUGGAGGUUUUACAAACUUGCGAUAAGUUUAAUCACGCCGACGAAGUGGAAGAGUAUUCGCUGCAUACUGCUUGUUUAUGGGAAUACGCCAGCCAAAAGCUCAAAUAUUUGGGCGAUUUGUGUGGGCUGAUGCCCGGCGGAGAACCGACUUCCGACCAACUCCACACAGUGGUCGGUUUGUCCGCCGGCAUGGGCGACAACCCAGGACCGGCCAACAGCCCGUCGCCCACGGAUAAACUAAAAUCCGCCCUGAUACACCAGGACGUUUUCAACAAGACCUACCUGGAGUUGGCGGAACUGGCCAUGGGCACGUACAAGCACAUCGGCAGGCUUCGCUCCGCCCGAUUGGUGGGCAGAGAGGUCGCCUCGUUUUACAUGUCGCUGGGACAGCACCAGAAAUCGGCCGCGUUUUUGGGCGACCUCUUGCGGACGUUCGAGCAAGACGGUUGGCAGGAAUUGGCCGCCCAGACUCACCUGGAGCUCGCGGAGUGCUACAAGAAGGCCGGAGAUGUCGGAAAACUGAUAAGAUCUUGCGCGAGCGUGUCUUCUGCCCACGAAAUCGACAACAUCAUCCGUUGGACGUACUUCGACGAGAUGACGAGGCACGCCGAAUCGCUGGACAAAAGUCUGGCGGUUCCUUUCGAGAACAUCGUCAAAAUCGUGAGCGUAAACGUUCUAAACGACGAAAACGUCAUCAUGUUGGACACCAAGGUACACGUGGAGCUGGUGCUGGAGUCCAACUUGCCCAGAGAGUUGGUCUGCGAGAAAGUCGACAUGUCGUUGGAAGCGGUAGAGAACAAAGAAACCAGUAAAAGCAACGAAAAGUACUGCAAAGGUAGGUCGCUGAGCAGCAAAGACUUGAAACCUAGGGAUCCAAUGCUGCAACGUUUAAAAAUCCAAAGAAAUUUGGACUACAAGCAGGACAAACAGCUGGCGUCUGCAGGAAUCGUUUCGAAGUUUACUGAGCUGCGCAGAAAAGACAGCACGCAACAGGUGUGCAGUAGCGAGUUCGCGCAUGCGCUGGAAGCCAACAAGCUGCCUUUAAGACUAAGCCCCGGACUAAACGUAAUAAGACUGAGCAAGCUGGCCGACGAAACCGGUAAGUUCUACUUGGGCCAGGUGGCGCUGCACGUCGGCAAACUGGCUUUUGUUUCCGCGACGUUGCCGCACCGACUGGCGAUCGAGGUCAAGGAGGAGAAGCCGACGUUGCAACUGAACAAACGCACGCCGACGCUGAUUUCCGGCGUCGAGCAACUAAUGAACAUCAUCCUGACAGUCGGAAGCCACCCUAUCGAUCCGAAAUCCACCAUAAAACUGACGUCGUCGCGCGGGCUGUCGUUCCAAAUCGGCGCCGACCGGCCGCUCGCGACGACGCUGGAGUUCGAGGUGGGCGCCAAGCCGGCGUACAGCAGCUCGCGCUACGCGCUGCGCGUGCUCGCCGACAUGCUCGGCAAGGAGCACCACGUGACCGUGGCGGCGCCGUGGGCCGCCAAGCCGACGGCGGUCACUCUGAACUUUACGCCGCCGCUGACCGCCGCGUGGCGCCUGCACUCCGCGCGCCACCGCAAGUGGGUGCAGGUCAGCCUGACGGGGCAGUGCGAACAAGGCUUAACGGUGCGCGAGGCCAAGUUGGACGUCGCCGGCGUCUGCGAGGUGGACGGGAAAAACGCCUCUUCUAGUCAUUUGAUCCCAAACGGCAUGACGUUUUCGUUCAUGUGGGAAUUACUAAUCAAACCUGGUGCCGAUUCGCCCACAAUUAAGGCGGAAUUUUCGGUCUCCUACAAAUUGGACGAGGAUAGUGAGGAAAGACCUUACCGGUACUUUUUCGAUAUUAACGACUAUCAGACUCUGUAUCUGCUGGACGCGGACGUGGAGCCGGCCAAGGGCAGCGAGUUCUGCCGCGUCGGCGCCGUCUGCCAGCUGCGGCUCGCCAUCGCGCAGACGCGGGCGUCGCGCGAGCGCUCGCUGAUGUACGAGGUGCUGGCCGAGCAGAGCGUGUGGGCGGUGUGCGGCCGGACCGCCGGAGUGGUCGGGUUCGACGGCUCCGAGCUGGAGCGGCCGCAGACGGUCGCUCUGGACGUGAUGCCGCUCGCCAGCGGCCACCUGCCGCUGCCGCUCGUCAGGAUUUCCAAGUACAUACCGGCCGAGGCCGGUAACGAUAAACACGGGAAAGGGGACACUCACCCCCGCUUGGAGCCGUUUAGUCCCGGCCAAGUGUACAACGCCAGUAAAGGGAAGCAGAUCCACGUCAUCACCCCAGUAAGUGACGGUCACCCAACAUAACCUCAAACCGCUUUCCCUACGGCUCACCCUUUAAAUUUUUUGACUUUACAGAAAUUAAAAUGAAAUUUUACGCGAAUUGUACAUAAGAAUGGAUAAUCUAGAAAAUUUUAAUGCAAACGCUGCAUCACUAUAAGCUUCCAAGUUGAAGCAACAAAUACAGGCAAGUUCUGUUAAUUUUUUUUAUUUGCUUAUUAUUAUCAUUUAUCUUUGUUCACUUUUUAUAUCGCAAUUUAAUACUCAAAGAUACUUGAUCUAUGAAGAAAACAAUCACAAGGAAUAAUAAAAAAUUAUUUGUUCACUCAUAAUAAUUUUUUGACUGAAUUGGUGCCACAUUUUUUUGUUAAUUGCUUGCCCAUUAUUUAUAUUUUAUUUCAUUACAAUGAAUCAUCACAUUCGUGCAAUAAGUUCAAAGGUAUAAUUAAUAAAAAGAAGAUUUAUUAUUUUGGGUAAAAGGAACUUUAUAUCCAUAUAUUCAAUUUAUUUUUUCUAUGUACAAUAAUAAAUAAUGUAUUUUUUUUUUCAAUCUAUUUG